AUGCCAGUAGAAGAUAUCGUGGCGGUGAAGGUCUACCAGCAAUUAGUCCAGGACCUUCUGGAUAAGGCGGCGGAGAUCAAGAAAGACUGCAGCAUUGAACCUCCGUUGACUGAUGCCGAUCUGGGCGAUGCGAUACGCCGAAUACAACAAGACCAAGAUAGUGGACUGAAGGAGCAAAGUCAACAGGCUCAGUUCGCAGUGGUUGAAACUGCCUUUCGGAAAAAGUUCUAUGAUCUUCUUGCCACCACCUCGAUCGAUGAACCUUCGUUUAUUCAUAUAUGGAACCUUCUAGAUAUUGUAUCGAUAUUUUCGGAUAAUGAACAAUGUGAACCCGGGCUGCUAUUCUGGCUCAUUGAGGAGCUGCUGGACAGUCAAACCAUCGACGGCUGUCGGAAGGUCUUUGAUUAUCUGGAGUCGAGGAGGGAACGAAAUACUGCUAAACAUUUCAAGCAGAAGAGCUUGAUUAUCCUACGAUCGUGCAAUGAACUCCUGCGCCGGCUUUCGCGCACCGAAGAUACGGUAUUUUGCGGGAGGGUUUUCAUAUUUCUCUUUCAGAGCUUCCCACUAGGAGACCGUAGCUCUGUCAAUUUGAGAGGCGAAUUUCAUACGGAGAAUGUGACCACUUUUGAUAAGCUUCCCAAAGCUCAAGACGGUGGCGUGACUCCGAUGGAUGUGGAUGCUUCUGCGAAAGAAGUCGCUGGCGAUGCGAAAACCGAAUCGGCGCAGGCCAGUGAGCAAGAAUCCAACCGACAGGCAGCUCAUCCAGCAGCUGAUGUAGGCCUGCAAAGUUCGCAACCGGCCACAAAGAAACCCCAGGAGCCAGAACCUAGCUCAACCCCGUCUAUGGAUGAGCUAUACCCCAUUUUUUGGAGUUUGCAAAACAACUUCUCUUCGCCAACCUCUCUUUUCGAUCCGGCCAAUUUUGCGGCCUUCAAAACCGGUCUAGAGGCAUCCCUUUCCAUCUUCCAGAAGGUAAACACCGAUAUGGAGGCGCGGAUGACGAAAGGAUCGGAAGAUGCGCGUCGUGGCCUUAAGCGGAGGCGUGUAGGUGACGGCAUGGAAAUGACGAACAGCUUCAACCCGAAGUACCUGACGAGUAGAGAUUUAUUUGAAUUAGAGGUGAAUGAUGUCGCGUUCCGGAGACACAUCCUCGUGCAAUCGUUAAUUCUUCUUGAUUUUGUCCUCUCGCUCACGCCCAAAGCUAAGGCUAAGCUGGCGGACUCAACAAACAAAUCAGUGCUCUACAGUUACGUUCUUAAUGACGAAGAUGCAAAAUGGGCGUCACAAAUGAAAACCUCCAUUGCCAGCUAUUUGCAACAAGGUUCAGAGGGGAAAUUUUAUUACAGAAUGGUGGACACUGUUCUCACUAGAGACAAAAAUUGGGUUCGAUGGAAGGCAGAAGCAUGUCCUCCGAUCGAGCGUACCCCAGUGUCAAUCCAAGAUUAUUUAGAUACGCAAGCUACUGCGACUAAGGUAUCGACGAGCAAACGACUUCGAUCCGCCCCGUUAGGAUCCCUGGAUCUCAAUUUCCUCACGGAGGAUAAGAAUAUCAAUAGCGUGGGCCGGCUUAAGCACCCCGACAGAUUCACUACCCCAGCAUUAGAUUCUUACAUGCGCGGGAUUGCCGACGAUGAGUUUAAUAUUGACAUGGCCCAGUCGCGCGAAGAGAAGGACGAGGCGACCAAAGCAAGAGCAAGCAAGACCUGGAGAACCCUACGUCUUUCCUCUCGCAGUAAACUAGCACUGUUCGACAAAAUCGAGGACGGAAAUAACCUCAAGGUUCUUUUUGAGCCGCCUCCUGCGUCUGAGGAUGCGUCAAGCGCAUCAAACAAACAAAAAGCUGCAGUGGAAAAUGGCGUUAAUCGUCAAGGUGGACCUUCCAAAAGGGGCGAUGUAAAAGGGGAGAAGGCAAAGGAAAACCAGCCACCGGUUUCAUCCGAUGGAGCAGCUCCGCAGCAGGGCUAA